UUUUGCGUAUGCACUCUACCUGUUAUAAUGGACCAUUUUCGCCGUUUUAAACGUGUAUGUCAACGUUUUUUGCAAUGUCAUGAACGUGUUGUUUUAGCUCAUGAGCAGCUUAUUGAAUUGGUAGGGGACUCUGUAGAGCGUCUUUCAGUUAGGUUGGGCUUGGAGAAUCUAGAUUCCACUGACCCGAGUUACCUUUUGGCUGUUGCUGUAUGCCGAUGUAUCUUGGUGCAUAAGGAGUAUGGUAGACCAGGUUUACAUCACCCGGUUCCCAAUGAGGACGGUGCAAGUACUGGUGCUAUGCAUGGCUCUGUCGAUACUCCAGAACUAUCCUCGGCAUUUUAUCAAUCUCAUGGUAUAACGGGCACUUCACUUGUGGUAUCAUUACAGAAUCCAUCUGUUUUCUUCAAUUCUUUGUUAUUUUCCAAUAUCCAUCGCAUUGUAGGUGUGGAUCUACUUACUGAGGUUAUUAAUACGCAUCGAGUCCUAGUUCCGUAUGAUAUAUUCCGCGUUUCUUGUAAUACCGAGUUUCGUUGGUUACUUGGCCACGCUGCUUCUCCUGACGAAUUGAUUUUGGUACAGAAAUUAUUGCUCGAUUUAUUGGAUAGUAUGGAUUCCCGCGUACCUCAGCUUCGUUUAGGUCAGAAGCCGCUUAUUGUGAUUCAGUGUUCAGGUUCCAUGAUGUACAACAACAACUUUUGGGUAUCUAAGAAGCGCACAGGUCUCUGUGACAUUGUACUAUCUCGUCACGUUAUGUUUUACAAGGAUUCAUUUAACCAUAAGUUUGGCUUCCGUCCGUGUGACAUGCUAGGUGCUCUGCUUCAGUGCGUUGGGCGAUACCAAUAUCAGGGUAGAUCGGUACCCUGUAUGCCUUCGGGUGAUUCUGCUACCUAUCCUCAAUCUGGCUCCAAGCUCAUAAGCCAAGAACUAAUCUAUCCCGUUAUGUCAAUUAAUCCUAGUGGCCAUGGACAUCGCAAGAAACCGACGUUACCCAGUUCUGUUGACACCCGAUAUACCCGUUUGCAUCAUGUUUUUGAAAGUUUUAAUAACACUCGAGACUGGUACACUUGGUAUACAUUACGUUACAUUCUUUUUGACAAGAAGUUUUUCGAUCCAUCAUUUCACGAGCGCAGGAGCAGUAUGAAGUCCUUUAUACGGGAUUUGUCCACUGGCAGGCACAUAACCAAGCCUGGUCGAAUACGUGGUUCAUUGCUACGUGGGCUAUUCAAGUAUUUCAAGAUGUUUAUAGAUAGUUUGUGUUUAUUUGACGUUGGCAGGGCCUAUAGGUCGUGUUUGUGCAAGUUUCCUGUGGAUAAAGGAUCCAGCAUUGCGACCAAGUCUAUCGUUGCGUUUGUACACCUAGUUAUAGAUAGUGUGGUACCAGUAGAUUUGUUAGGAUGCCUCCAUAAUUUUCUCCGUUUCAAACAAGUUUGCCACAGUCUAGUUGUUUUGAACAAGGGUGAGCGACUUGACAUGUCUCAGGUUAUGUAUGGUUUCAGGGCCUCUGGUUGCAGUUGGUAUUUAUCAAAGCCAUCUCGUUUAACUAAAGGUCAGACGGAUACUAUUUUAUGUCACCUCAGCAGGCUUGUGUUUUUCCUAUUAGAGCAUUUAGUCAUCCCGUUGUUACAACGUCAUUUUUACGUUACUGAGAGCAAUUUCAGCAUGUAUCGUUUGCAUUACUUCAGCAAGCUGCGUUGGCACCAGAUGGUACUGGAGGCUAAUGCUGGGUAUAUAUCAGAUGUUGGAAUUCAAGUAAGUGACCGGGUACCCCCUGCGGAUUUCAGUGAUCCCUUGAGGAUUCGUUGGAUUCCUAAGGUUUCGGGCAUGCGUCCAAUUUUAAAUUGUAACUACUUUAAGGUUAACCGUGGUUCUGUUACAGGACCCAUUUCAGUCAAUGACAUGAUGCAUAUUCCAUUUCACGCGCUUCGCGCUCAUGUUCAGACAAACCCUAAGAUUUUGGGUAACAGCAUACUGGGUUACUCCGGGGCUUACAUAUCUGUAAAGCGUUGGUGGCGUCGUUUUCGACGGAAUGCAGUUUCAUGGUCCAGGAACGGUAUAGUUACUAUCUACAUUAUUUUAGCUGAUUUAUCACGUUGUUACGAGCGCAUCGACCACAAGCGUUUAAUGUUGCAUUUGGAAAAGAUUAGGUUUCGUGUACCCAUGGGUUUCAAUAUGGUAUAUCGGCGUGACCUCAUUCGCUUGGCCUCUUCGUGCAACUCCUACAGUCGUCGCAUAACAGUGUUAUCUAACACUGUUUCGUCAUCUUUGGUUCAUCAAAAAUCGUUAUUAUCGCGUCGAUUCGGUCAGGUUUCUAUAUAUUCUCCGCAGGUUGUACCUUCUAGUCCUAGGUGCAUUAGUAUGCCGGAUGUCAUCCGGUUAGUGCGUACUUUACUUGGGCGUAGGGUAUCAUUUCCCAAAUGUUCUCCUAAUGCCUCUAUACACAACGGCGUUGGCAUCCCUCAGGGAUGCUGCAUAUCCCCUUUAUUAUGUAGCCUCUAUCUAUCCCAGGGCGAUUUUAAUGCUGAUGUAAUGAACUUGACUCAUGCUAGUCGCUGUAACCUUUUACUCAGGUGGAUUGACGACUUCAUGUUUAUUUCUGCCAAUCCAGCGGAUAACGAUAUUAUGUUACGCCUUCUUAGGGACAGUAACACUUUUGGUGUAUCUAUAAAUGACAAGCUGGUGACGUUACGUUUGGACGUUCCGGUAUCUAAAGUUGAUAUCACAGGCAGUGCAACUAAUGCUUCUUGUCCCAGUGGUGUAGCACCUAUUCUUUCAUGGAUUAACUGCACCUUUGACUUUGAUUUCGUCUUAGGCAAGCUGAAUGCUACACUAAUCCCUUGGAAGAACCCUUCGUGCAGCAUUAGGGAUAGUUUGAAUUUAUCACGUUCCAGAUUCUCUUCGUAUAUGUUUGCUUUUAUUGAGCAGCGUCUCCUUGGUUACAUUUCAAAUCGGUUGAAUCACGGUUUAUUCACUAGUUUGGAGCUGAACACACGUCGUUGUGUGCUUCAGAAUGUCUAUGUCGUUAUGCGUAUAUGUAUGAUGAAACUACUGGUUGCCACUGAUGCCGUAUGCCGCCAUUUUGGCGGUUUCGUGAAUAUACGUUAUUUGGGCAGGUUAUGCCACAAACUACUGAACUAUAUCGUUGGCAUGGUGCUUCGCAUAACUGAUAUGCGCCGUUCAGGUUUGCGUCAGGUGCUUCAGCUUGCUGUUAUUUAUACUUUAUCUCCUGGUUGGAUACCCAGGCUUUCUCGACGUUACGGUCGUCGUCGUAUUCGUUUUAUUAAAUCGAUUGAGCGCAAGUUUCAUGGUGUAUGGCCCUCGUAUGACUAGUUCCAAUGUAAUUAU